AUGGAGACUUUUGACUCUGCGAAGGUGACGGAGGUGGCUCUGGUGGAGGCUCAGGGCACAAACUCAGUCUCUGGGACCGUGAAGGCCCAGGAGGGGAGCUACAUGGUCCACUUCUCCACCAUCCCAGCAGGACAGUUUGUGGUGCGGGUCAAAGGGACAAAAGACUCCUCUGUGUUCCAGCGCCAGUCCUCCACCAGCUUCACCUCCUCCAAUCUCACCAUCAGUGCCAGUGCAGACAGUCUGUUGACCCCAGGAACGCCCUUUGUGGUGCCCUUCUCUGUGUCCAGCGCUGAGGUAGGAGUAAACAUCACCAUCAGAGUCACCAACAACCGUGGUUUUGCCUCGACUUUCCCGAGCGUCUUGAUGAUCGACAGCGGGAACAGCACCAACGGCACCGUGACCCUCUCGGCGCCGCUCAACACACGCUCGGGCAGCGACGUGACCCUGACCAUCGAGGCCGAGACUCCGACCGGCGACGACAAUUUUGUGGUUCAGCGUUUCGCCGUCUUCAACACAGUCACAGACUUCUCCGCUCCCGUGUGCGAGCUCACGGGUCUUCAGUCCAACUGUUCCACCGACUGCAACUCAGACCAGUGGUGGUUCUCGGCUCGGGUCACGGACGGCGCUGACGGGACGGGGGUGAACCGGGUCAGCCUCAAACAGGGCGACGGGAACUUCACCGCCACCAAGGACCCCAACAACCCCAACAUCACCACAGUGUCCUACAGCGCCUCCUGCUGCGCGCCCUCCAUGCAGCUACAAGCAGUGGAUAACGUGGGCAAUGUGGGCACCUGCUCUUUCUCUAACUCUAGUGUUGUGACUUCUCCAUCUUCUCUGGCCACAGGAACAGCGCCCUCUACUGGUCUACUCUUUCUAAACAUGAUCAUUCUUUUGUUUUCCUAUCUGUUGAAAUGA